AUGUCGUGGUAUGUCCCCAUUCUCCUUCCGAAUGGCUUGUUGACUGAUGGCCGUCCCAAGACCGCCAUCUCAAAUCCCAUGUCUUUGCAUCUCGAAGCGUCUUCUUCUUGUCCUGCUCCUUCUUCUGCCAUCCUGCACAUGGUCUCUUCUGCACGAAGGCUCUCCGACGUGCCACAAGGACCACCUUUUCUCACCGCUACGACCAUGCCCCUCCUCUGCGACGACAGUUAUCCGAAAUGCAAACAAUGUGAACGUCUCGGGGAAAGGUGUCUGCGCGGGAAGGGCAAGCUCAAGUUCCGGGUCGGCUCCAGCGCAAGAUACGAUGCCUCCUUUUCCAAAGAUCAAACAUGGCUCGAGCAGACCAAGAAUGCCAAGUUCCAAUUCGUCGACCAAGGCCCGGAAUUGGAAAACUACUACGCCCAGGACGACCUCGUGGUGGCUCUUCCCAAGGCAAAUGCUCAAGAUGAGAAACGGGAGAAUGCCUCUGGGCCGCUCAAGCGUCUCGAGCCCUCGGUCAAGGGCGAGCUGUCCCCAACAGUUCUCAACGCUCCCUCGACCGAUCUGCCUCCUUUCUCCUCGCCUUUCACCACAAACCGCGAGCCAGGCUUGAUUCAUGCUCCCGCAAAACGGAGACGAACCUCGGGGACGAUAUCGCCCGAACAUCACACCCACCCCAUCCGGUCGGCUAAGAGCGCCUACGACCCCAUCCGGUCUCGAUAUCGUGUCUACGACUAUCCAAAAGUCUCUAGCUCGACCAGCCCGGACGGCUUUAGGUAUAUGCCCGACCAACGUCAGGUCGCCAAGACGGUGGACUCGGAGGUGCGUCGCCUGGAAGAUUCGGCGGCGGCCGCCAUUCCAGAAGAUCCGCAGCUCUCGCCCAAGAGCUGGAAACAAAACUUCUUCUGGCCAAAUCAGUUCACCACCACACAGUGUGCGUGUCUGAUGCGGUACUAUAUUGAAAAUCUCGCGCCGUGGUUCGAUGUGGGAGACCCCGCCAAAUAUUUCACAUUGGCCGUUCCCCAGCGGGCCAGGUAUUGCCCUCCGUUACUGAACGCCAUUUUCACACUGGCAGCGAGACACCUUGCUUCGCUCCCAAGGUUCAGGACGACAGACGGCGUCGUCCAAUACCAGAACAUUCUCCUUCCGACGUUGACCGAGAACACGGCGAUCAAGUAUCACAACGCAUGCAUUGCGUACCUCAUUAAACUGGCCAAAGACCCCGAGUAUGUUCGAGACGAGGAUCUGCUUGCCGCCGCGGUCAUUCUGCGCUAUUAUGAAGAGAUUGAUUCAUCGCUGACCGACGCAGAUAGCGAGACUCUCAUCCCGACAUUCCACCUCUAUGUCAAUGCUCAAGCGAGUCUCUACGCCUUUAUGACGGACGAUGACAGGCAUCCCCAGUUCCUCCGACCAGGAGCUGCGAUCGGGCUGUUUGAAGAUGCCGGCGCUUACCUGACGAGCUUUGUCCAUGCCUCGUUUCGCGCUGCUCUACGUCUAGAGCUGACGACCUCCUUUCUGAGACAACGACCUGUCCAGCUACCUCUGUACACAUGGAGCCGACUGAACGAUUUCAAUCAAGCGGAGGACUUUGUCUGGUCUGAUCGACACCUUUAUCACUGCGCCAAAGUUCUCCAAUUCUGUUUUGGGGGUGACGGUGGUACGGCUCAGACCCAGAUUGAACGAUGGACUGAGCUUCGCGAGUUCGAGACUCAAUGGGAACUCAACAAGCCGUCAUCGUUUGCGCCUAUCCUUCAUCGCGAGCCGGAUCGCUCCAAGGGGGAAUGCCUCCCUCACAUCUGGUACAUCGCCGAGGUCCACGCCACGGGAUUAUUGGCUCUGGGCCUGGCCCGGAUUUUGCUGGUGGUCUACAACCCACACCUUCCGCGGAUCGGCCCCGGGGUCAUGGCAGCUCAGAAGAAGGUGGCGGAAGAAGUGCACGACAUCGUGAUUCAAGUCUGUGGGACUGCGAUGUCUCUAGAUGGGGCCGCAGCAUCCAACCCUUGCUCCCAGCCAGCGAUGGUUCAGGCCUACAUGGCGAUUGUUAUCUGCGGCGAGUACUUUUCGGAUCCUCUCGAACAACGUGCUCUGAUGGGUAUAUUGGACCGGUUGAAGGACAAACAUGGUUGGCCCACAGGAAAAACUGCUAUGCGAUUCAAAAGAGAAUGGGGAUGGGCCUGA